AUGGUAAAAACUCCUUGCUGUAAUAAGACUAAAGUGAGAAAGGGGCUUUGGUCUCCGGAAGAAGAUGCAACCCUCAAGAAUUACAUUCAAAACUAUGGCACUGGUGGCAACUGGAUAACCUUUCCACACAAAGCUGGUCUUAACCGUUGUGGCAAGAGCUGUCGUCUCCGGUGGCUUAAUUACCUUCGACCGGAUAUCAAACGCGAAGCUUUUACACUAGAAGAAGACAAUAUCAUAUACACUCUCUAUGGUGUCUUGGGAAGCAAAUGGUCUAUCAUAGCAUCUCAUCUACCGGGAAGAACAGACAACGACGUGAAAAACUAUUGGAACAGUAAGUUAAAGAAGAAGCCAAUAGCAGCAACAUAUGGUUAUAAGCCUACAAAUAGCAUCGACACCAUCACUGCGAAAACCGACCUCUUGUCUUCAACCACCAACACUUUGGUUCCCACAUUUUCGGCUCAAGAGACAUCUCUUAUAACUCCUUGUUUAACUGAGAGUACUAAAAAUCCAAGUUUUUCUUCAUCUUCCCAACAAGAUUCAACCAUAUCUGAAACAUUUUCACAGCUUGGAGAAAAAUAUAUGUUUGGCAAUAGCAGUUGCAGCAAGGGGAUUCCAAUGGAUAAUAUUGACUAUGGAUAUUUUGAUGAAAUUCUGAGUGAAAUUUGGUCCCAAGAAGCAGCCACUGGAGGAGUUCCUAAUUUAUAUUGA